AUGUCGCGCAACCGCCCCCGGCCCAGAGACAAUGGGUUUGGCAAUAAUGAGGAACUAGAGCUGUGGACAAAGAUUUGUCAAGAUAUCCGCAAAUCCAAGGACAAGUUCGAUCAGCAGACAACUUUGUCCCUGCAGAUCAAAGCUUUGGUGGACAAGAUCACCAACGAUGGGAAUACAGGACCCACCAUGACAGAACACGACCAGCUCGACAGCUGGCUGCGCCAAAGCCAGAAACUCAGCGAAGAGGAACGCUCGAUCAUGCAAGAUGAACCAUGCGAUGUAAUCAAGAACCUAGAGUUGCUCACUGCCUUGCGCAAAGCAUCCGAAGCCGAAGUCCCACCCAACCGAUCUUCUUCUUUCAACAAGUCCCGCAAGAAGCGAAAUGACGUCGAAGGCUCCGCUACCGAUUCCCCUGGUGCCUCGGGCGCUGACAAGUCUGCUCGCUCUAAGGGUAUCGUUCCGCGCAGCGCAAGCGUCUCAAGUACGCCAGCUCGCGAAGGCCGCAAUGAUGGCAUUGCGGUCAAAGUUGAGGAAGGGUCGGAGGGUACUAAGGGCACCGUUGCGGAACGUAAUGGUCUGUUGGUUGUCGGCGCUCAGGUUGUGUUCAAGCACAAUAAGAAUAAGCAGGGUGUUGAAGGCGAAGGUAUCCAGUGUAUAAUCAAGAACAUCACUGGCGAUGGGCAAAAGAAGCGAUAUGAUGUCCAAGACCCGGAGCCAAAUGAGAAUGGCGAGCAAGGGGCCGUCUAUAAGACGACCGCCGUCUCUCUCAUCCCAAUCCCCCAGAUGAGUGCUCAUCUCACCCCCUACCCGGCAGGCAAGCAGGUUCUGGCGAGAUACCCUGAUACCACGACAUUCUACCGGGCGGAGGUGAUGGGGUCUAGGAAAGACGUGUACCGCCUUAAGUUUGAAGGCGAAGAGGAUGACAAGGAGAUGGAAGUCGACCGGCGGUUUGUCUUAGACAUCCCGGGCAAGUGA